AUGUUAAGCUGCAGCUGGAGAAACAGCAGGAUAAUGCAGGGUAUCCCACACCGGCAGGCACGGGUUGUCCCAGGUGCCUUCAACAAGCUGGAGGAUCGCAAGACCAUCGUAGAUUGCGGCGUGAGCGGCGGGAAGCUUCCGCUGAUCCUGGUCCGAAACUCGAGCUUUCUGCCCUCAAGGCGCUUCGAUGGCUCCUUGGAAGGUUACGUCUUCAAGCUGAGGGACCAGGGAUUGGGCUACUACCCCAGGCACCGAGCGGCUCUCACAGAAAAGCACAACCAACCAGCCACCGCCAGGGAGGUCGGGAAUCGAAAAUCCGUGAGGACAGAAUAG